UCGAAGUCCGGUGCUGAAGCGCUGACGUGCCCCACAAAUUAUGUGGUUGUAUUUACCAAAGGCUUUGCUAUCUUGUGCUAUCUUGCAAGUGCCACACUUCCAAUUUCCAACUUGGCCUCUUCUCAUCGACGUCGACCUUGAGCUCGGCCGUUCCUUCGUUUCUUAUACCACUUCAUCUGUGAUACCAUUUGUCGUUCUUUUUUUCGCUCACCACCUCAUGGCAGACUUAACAAUACUUUCCUCGGCGCCCACCUACCCACUAUCAAACGAUUCGCAAUCCGGUGUAUACACAACAUUCACUCCCGGCGCUAGCUCGAGUCGGUUUAGUUUGGGACUCAGCUUAACUGAUUUACCGACGACUUUAGGACGGGAAGGCAGUGACGACACAGCCAGCGCCAGUGAACCCAGCGAGGACGGUGAUGGCCACGAGACUGAUGAUACAUCGUCUCUAUCCUCUGUAGACGAUAUGCAGGUCAAGCCAAUGGCAAACGACUCCAGUAGAGGCAGAGCCAAAAUGACGGAGAGCAGAUCUGGGGGAUUUGGAAAGAGAGAGAGGUUGAUUGCCGUCGACUCAGAAAAAACUCCUACCGCCACCACCAUCCCUCAUUCCCCUCCACCAUCUUCUCCUGCCCUAGAAUCUCAUAUCACGCUGCUGCCUCCUACACAGAGAGGACGACAACAGUAUCAACGACAUCGGCCAACACGAUCUCGAAGCGCACCACCAUCUUCCAAACCCGAGUAUGCCCAGGACGGAGAAACAACUCCUACCGCAUCAUAUACGCCUGCUUCUAGUGCAAGCGCCUCGCAGAUGAGCUUUGAACAGUACAGCACAUACGAGACUCAUCGACCUCUCCGGCGAAGUCGGACAACGUUCACUUACAACUCGGGUCUCAGCACGCCCUCGAGCAUCUUCGUAUCUACACCUCCUUGGGCACGAGAUUACGGUGUAACGAUGGGUGGGGAGUUGCUUAAACCUCCGCCACCUCUGCACCGCCCGACGACUUUUUGGAGAAGGACACCCCGUUCCGGCGUAACUUCCUCAUCGUAUUCGCCUUCAUCGCAUGUGAUACGUCGUUCUACAUUCGUUGCCGCUGGACUGCCGUUCGAGAGACCGAUGGCCGAUUUGAGUGCUCUUUGCGUUGAGAGUCGAAUGCGUAGCUCGCUUGAAGAAAAGAGAACAGCGAAGCUGAAUGAUGUAUUCUGGGAAGUGAUUGUCGAACGGUGACAGUGAAAAGGCAUUUGAAUGUUAGUCGCGGCUGGAGGGUGCUAUAUAGGGAUCUAGUUUGCGAUGUUUCUGCGUCUAUUUAUUGAACGCAUCUAUAGCGAUCUCUGGCAGUAUCAACGGCAUAGAUUCUCCUUACUCACAUUGAGGGUGAGUUACCGACAAUGAUAAUAGUCCGAAAUUGAGCAAAUCGGAAUACCAUAUCCCAGUUUGAAUUUAAAAAUAGCCGUUAGUUCUCUUUGUACACUAUAAUGAACCUUUGGCGUUUGGAAAAUUAUUCCUCCGGGUAGCCGCUCCCAUGCGCUCAACAUUGGUAUGCAAUUCUUUAG